AAUUGGAAUUAUAUUAUAUACAUAUAUAUGAAUGCAUGUGUGUGCUGAGGAGAAGGAGCUGUCCACCUUUUGCCUUAUCAUUUGUCUGAAUCACCGUAUCGAAUUACGAAAUUACCACGGCGAUAACGAAAAUCGAUAUCGCCCGACUGAGAUUUUAUUUUACACGUCGCCUGGUCAGUAAAAGACGAAAAUAUGAAUGCUCUUGUGCCCGAUGUGCUCGAUGAGGCGCCGCCCAAGGACAAGCUGAAGGUCAGCUAUGCGGGUGAGCUCGCUGUCCAGGAGGGCAACGAGCUGACGCCCACCCAGGUAAAGGACGAGCCGCUUGUGACCUGGGAGGCCGCGGAGGGCGAUGAAGCAACUCUGCAUACGCUGUUGAUGGUGGAUCCCGAUGCACCCAGUCGCGCAGAUCCCAAGUUCCGUGAGAUCUUACACUGGGCCGUGGUCAAUAUACCGGGCAACCAAUUGGGUGCGGGCCAAACUUUGGCGGAGUACGUCGGCUCGGGCCCGCCCAAGGGCACCGGAUUGCAUCGCUAUAUCUUUCUGCUGUACCGCCAAGGCGAAAGGAUUGAUGAGUCGCUGCACAUAGACAGACGCACUCGCACGGGUCGCCUCAACUUCAGUACCCGCCAGUUUGCAGCCAAGCAUGGAUUGGGCCAACCCAUUGCCGGCAAUUUCUAUGAGGCGCAAUACGAUGACUAUGUGCCCAUACGGAAUAAGGAUAUUACCGGCUAGCUUGGACUCCAAAAUUUAUGCAAUAUGCUGUAGUCAUUUUUCUGGUCAAUAAAGUCAACCGGGCCCGUAUCAGCUGGGUGUCUUUAUCUUUA